GCUGUUCCCUUCGCGCGGAUUAAAUCCAGAUACCAAAUACACUAAAUCGCCACACGCUUUUUCUGCAGUACGGCAGUAAGGCCAUUAUGAUGAUUUUAUUAUGAUUCAAUAUUUGGUUACAGAAGGAUGGAUAAUAGGAGAUUUACUGCAUAUUUACGAAGGCGUGAUACAAAGCUUUACAGAAGAAGGGAUAUGUCCAGCUACCAAUAAAGAAGAAGAGGAGCCGAUGAAGGAAGUGGGGGGGGGGUGGCGAUCGGUCCUGUCUGGGAACGCUACUUCUUUGGGAGGAAUACUGUAACUUUGUCCUUACACCGGCAGUCGGAUGCACCCACGUCCGGGGCCUCUGUAAGAGGGAUGGCUUGUGGAAGAAGGAUCACUAGGGUUUGAAAUCGGAACUGCAGAAAUCCGAAGGAAAAUAAACUGCCACUUGGAAGUGCGUCAACACUCAAAAGGGGGAUGUGUCUGGACAUCUCGACCGGCCUCGUUGUCUCCGUUUAAGCCCGUGAGUGGGCUGGAAAAAACACAGCUGAAAGUUGCAGUUAUUUUGGUGGGUGAGCGCUCCCCCUUAGUCUCGCUGUUACAAUCAAGAAAGUACGGCCACACCCUCCUCCUGCUUCCUGAUACAGAAGAUGCCGCGGGAGGCUCUGUAAACCGACUUUCCAUUAAAGAAUCACGGGCACUUCUGAUCCGAGGAGUAACACAGUGAACAUGAGCGGGGGAAGUUGCGGCGGGUGCUCCCGGAGGGACAUCAUUUUGAUCGGAACACGCUUCUGAGUAAAGGGGGGGAAAAAUGAUCUCAAAAGCGAAACCCGCCGCCUCAGACGCCGGACGAGGAGUGAACCGUGCUCCGCUGCUUGCUAAAGAAGGCGUCUGAACAAAAGACAUGCUCAUGGGACUGUACCUGCAGACAGAACUAGUUUACAUAACGGGAUUUUGUAUGAAAAGGAAAAGAUUAAAAGCCGAGAGAGGACCACCGCAGCUGGCUCGCCUGCUCUGAUACUAGAGGCUUUUAUUUUGGAAGAUUAAUGGAACGAUGAUGCAGGAGAAGCGCAGUGAGGUCACUCGGAGCUGUUCUGGCGGUGGUCGUGUUACAAGAGGCAUGCGAGUGCGUCCUGGGCGCUUUAGGGCGGUCAGACUGCGCUCCAUCACAUCCUAUUACACGGUGCAUAGAAACCCUGCUGCCUUCCCGCAAGCAGGUACUUUCAAUUCCAAAUUACUAGACACAAAGUAGGCGAAAGGACACAUUAUCAUUGGCUAAAACACAUUAACUUCAAUAUACUUUACUUAUAUUUUUAUUUUCUUAUAUAUAAAUAUAUAUUAAAAAGUAAUUUUUUUACCUUUAUUUUUUAUCGGUUAUUGUUGUUAAAUCCGCACUUUUGCCUAAGCAGAAGGCUUCCCGGUGGCACUGCAGUCUUUUUUUUUUAAUUCAUGCAUUUCUUUGAGAUUGUUAGACUAAGAUAGUGCAACUUCAGGUGGUUAUGUCAAAUCCAUAAAUAUUGUAUUACAGCAAGAUACAACCUGUGAAUAUUUCAAUUGUAAAACAGGGCGUUUUUAGGGAAAAGGUAAAGGUCGCACCUUUGUAGUUAAGGGCAUUAACCAGGAAAAACCUUUUACUGCCUUUUUUAAGUGUGAAUUAUAAGGAAAAUACACAAGUGAACUGUAUAGUACUGAAUCUCAGCAGAAGAGAAAUUGAGCUGCAGGUAACCUGUAAUUUACAGCCUUUUAUUUUCUUAAAAAGGGUCUGUAUCAUUCUGAAUGUACAUUGAGUCGAUUGUUUCAUGCUGGCUAUACCUUAGUAAACGUUCCUUAGCUUGCUGAUUUUGAAAAGCUAAGCUGUCAUGCCUUAGUUUAAUAAUAAUAAAACAAUUCACACUCGGAUGUGUGCAAGACAGCUAGGCCAAUGUCCUCCUCCUCAGCUUCACACAAAAAUGUGUACUGUAUGAGGAAGCUAGGAGAUCUGAGUGAGCCUGUAUGAACGACUCACUCGUUUUAGCUACAAAUUAAUUUGCUGUGAGGGAUUUCUAAAAUUCAGCACCCUGUAGUUUAUUUUAAAAAAAACUUUCCAAAUUUGGUAGUAUUAUAGUAAUUGCUAGCUUUACAUUAGAAAUUACAACUUCUGAAGGACAGUUAGGAAGACUGUUUUGCCACUUUAACAGUUCUGGAUUUUUCAAACCAGUUGAAGGCCUUUUUUUUCCUGACAAAAAUGUCUUAAGUUCCGAGCCCAAGCAAUGGAGUGUAUUGCUUAAGCCUGUCUGUCAAGCCCAGUGAACCGGCUUCUCCACACUACUAUGGCUAGUAGUGGCUCAGGCAAAUCGGCUAGCGAGGGGUCGUCCAGCGUUCUGAGCAGCAGCUCGCAGCAGAGGAAGAAGCUGUCCUCCAUCUGUGACGCUUGCAAGGGUAAGAUGCAGCUCGUAGCGGAUUUGCUCCUCUUGUCCAGCGAGACGAGACCGGUCCUCAGCGCCGAAGGGCUCAUGGUGGCCGAGACGUUUGAGAAAUGCAGGGACACCAUCAUUGCCAGGACUAAGGAGCUGUCCAUCCUGACUCACGAUAUCCAGAGCCAGCUCAAUAUGGGCAAGUUCGCGGAAGUUGGAGACAGGCUGCUGGAGAUGGGGGACCUGGUGGUCUCUCUGACUGAGUGCUCAGCACAUGCUGCUUACCUGGCAGCCGUGGAGACCCUGGGGUCCCAGCCCUCUGUGGCCGGGCUUGUGGAUCGCUACAAGGUGACCCGGUGCAGGCACGAGGUGGAGCAGAACUGUAGCGUCCUGCGGAUCACCCCCAUGGCCGACCUCACCCCCCAGCUCCUUCUCGAAGUGUCCCAGCACAUCUCCCGGAACCUGAAGACGCUGACGGACGCCUGCAUCCUGGCCAGCGAGAAAUCCAAGGACAAGUUUGCCAAGGAGCAGUUCAAGCUGAGCGUGAAGUGCAUGAGCACGAGCGCCACGGCGCUCCUGGCCUGCGUGAAGGAGGUGAAGACCUCCCCGAGCGAGCUGGCGCGCAACCGCUGCGUGCUGUUCAGCGGACCCCUCGUGCAGUCCGUGCACGCCCUGGUGGGCUUUGCCACCGAGCCGCAGUUUCUGGGCAAAGCUGCCAGCAUCAGCCCCGAGGGGAAGGCGGUGCAGACAGCUGUCCUUGGAGGGGCAAUGAGCGUGGUUUCAGCUUGCGUUCUCCUGACUCAAGGCCUCAGGGAUAUAGCUCAACAUCCGGAAAAUAGCACCAAGAUGCCCGACUACCGGGAGAGGCUCCGGAAUUCGGCGUGUGCUGUCUCUGAUGGGUGCAACUUGCUGUCUCAGGCACUGAGGGAACGAUCUUCGCCCAGGACUUUACCGCCAGUCAACUCCCAUUCUGUGAAUUAAAACUUUGUAAAAGAAUGAAUCUAUAACGCCUAACCGCCAAUUUUAUAUACCAAAGAAGUUUAUUGGAUUGACCCUUGUGAACCCAGAGUAGAGAAUUUAGUAACAUGGAAGUCGUUUGGUGAUGUUUGCUUACCAAUCUGAGUUUACUACAGAUAAAAUCACAGCUUUUAUCGCGCUGGAUGUGAUGAAAGCCUGUUAAUUUCCCCCCAGAAAUUUUACUAGCAUUCACCAUAGGCCCUGUGUUUUCAAGGAAAUAUUGAAAUCUUCAAAAAGUUUACCUCAGUUUUCAGACAUUUGAAAACAACAUGAAAUGAUGGAUGUAGCUUCACUUGUUUGACCUAUGAAAUAGUGUUCUAUAGAAGUAAGUCAGCUGUGUAGAAGUGAGAAGAAUGACAGUUGUGUUUGUUUUCCAUGUGUGAAUUUUAAUGGGUAAAAGCUGCUGUGUGUUCUAGAGAUUUUACACUAUUUACCAGACUUACUAGUAUUUUUAAUGUGUUUUGAUCAUGCAUGUACUGGAGUAUUUAUUUCAACUAUUAAAAAAUGUUGUUUCUCAUA